AUGGAUCCCGAAAUGAACAAGCUCCUCAAAUGGAGUGUCACCAACUCGCAAGCCUCUGUCGGCGCUGAGGGCGAGGGCAGUGCCCCUAAUGCCACCGAAGCCGCCAAGACCAUGACCCCAGAGAUGCUGAGCCGACUCUUCGGCGGGCCCUCCGAUGCCGACUUGAUGCGGGCUGCUAUGGAAGUCGUCCAUGACUCUGAGACCGAUUUGGAGAACAAGUUGAUCGCAUUCGACAACUUCGAGCAAUUGAUUGAGGGAAUUGAUAAUGCCAACAAUCUGGAGCCUCUGGGUCUCUGGACCCCACUCGUCCAAUUGCUCAAGCACGACGAGACCGAGAUUCGACGUUACGCAGCGUGGUCUAUCGGAACCGCCGUUCAAAACAACCCUAAGGCGCAGGAUAAGCUCGUCCUCCUCAACACCAUCCCCGACCUCGUCACUCUCGCCACAACAGACGCCAACCAGGCUACCCGCAAGAAGGCCAUCUAUGCUCUCUCCUCCGCCGUCCGCAACUACCAGCCCGCCAUGAAUGAGCUGAACAAGAGCCUGCCCGAAGGUUACCCCACCGAGACCGAUGCAGGUGACAUGGACGCUGUCGAUGUGAUCAUGGACAAGCUGCGCGCUACCCCCAUCGAGGCAUCGGCAUGA